ACGAGUGAUACAAUCGCGCAGUGUCAUGAUUUCUUCUUCAAUUCGACGCUUCAGGUUAUCAGUGUCUCGUGGUUUCGUCAUAUAAAUUAAUUAUUUUAACUAACCCCAAAGGGGAAAAUCAGGAAUCGUUAAAUCUGGAGAACGGGAUGGCCAGUUGAAGCCGGUACCGCAGAAGAUAAAUUUUCUGUCAAAUACUUUGCGCAGAAUUCGAAGCUCAAAACUCGGGGUUACCCAGCAAGUAAUUUCCUAGCUUGUCGGACUGUCAACUAAAGAAUUUCUAGGGUGUCUAGAAAUAAAUCUCAGUGACCUUGAAAAUUCUCUAUCCGACAGCCAAUCGGCACAUCCGAUAAACUCGUCGACGACACGUGAAAUAGCAGCCGAAGAUGUAAACUACGUUGACGAUUAGACAAGGAGCGACGAUCAAAUCCGAUCGUCACUGUGGUUGAGCUUCAAUAAUAAAUAAUUAUAAAAUAAAUAUAUAUUUGCCUGAAAAUUUAGUUGUAAAAUAAGAGUUAAUUUUAUGCAAAUUAAAUAGUACAGUACAUCAUUAUUCCAAUAAAGAAAUUAUAUGUACUAUAGCAUAUUUUCAACUUAGACCCAACUUCAACUUCGAAGUGCGUGGGGAGCGGAGAAAGUUCUUUCGUAUUUGACUCGUGCUCUUGUUGAGAGUCUUCUCGCGAAGUUAUGUUAGAAGCAAAGGAAUUACAGAGAAAUCACCCUCCACCUGUUACAUUAGAGGAUAUGAUAACAGAUAUAUGCUUCCAUCCUGUAGCAGAUACGAUCGGGGUAGCUAGUAUUACGGGAGAUAUCUUUAUGUAUAAGUAUAACAAUGAGGAAACUAAUCUUGUCUCGACGUUGGAAUUGCAUCUCAAAGCUUGCCGGGACAUCGAAUUCAGUGAGGAUGGACGGAUGUUAUUCUCAGCUGGAAAGGAUCGAUGCAUAGGAAUAACUGACGUGGACACUGAGAAAUUAACGAGGCUAUAUGAAAAGGCUCACGAGUACCCUAUAUACACAAUGACAAUUAUCAACACACACAUGUUUGCCACAGGCGACGAUGGUGGUGUAGUGAGACUAUGGGACCUCAGAAAGAAGGGAGACAAGCCAAUAUUUUCCCUGAAAGAAGUAGAAGAGUACAUCAGCGCAAUGGUAACCAAAACAGAUUCCAAGUACUUGGUAUGCACCAGUGGCGAUGGCUGUCUGACCACCUUGAACAUACCAGAAAGGAAGUUGCAUGUACAGUCAGAGGAGUACGAUGAGGAAUUGACAUGCCUUGGUUUAUUCAAAACCGAGAGCAAGUUGUUAUCUGCUAGUAGCAAAGGAAAGAUGUAUAUAUUCAACUGGGGCGAAUUCGGAUUGCACUCGGACGAAUUUCCAAGUGUGACAAAGAAGGCCAUCAAUUGUAUGGUCCCGAUUACAGAUAAUGUGGUGAUAACCGGAGGGGAGGAUGGAGUAGUUCGGGCAGCCAGUCUGUUUCCUCAUCGCCAACUCGGUAUAGUGGGGCAACACGACUUCUCCGUCGAGGCGCUCGAUAUCAGCAACAACGGGACUUUAAUAGCAUCCACCUCGCACAAUAACGACAUCAAGUUCUGGAAUGUAGAAUACUUCGAGACACUGAACGUCACCGAACCCGUGAAAGGUGGCAGGCAAAAACGACUCGUGCACAACCUGCCGAGCAGUCAAAUUGGCAAUCCGUCCGAUUUCUUCGCGGAACUGUAACAUAAUAGCGAUCCUGCGCAAUAAAAUCAUGCGACUUGUACGUUAUUUAUAUACA